UUUAGCAAUUAUUGUCUGGAUGCUGUAGAUCUGGGAAAGAUUUCCCUAAAUUCCACCAGUCAGUAAUCUAAUAUUCCGUAUGAUUUUGUGGCGCCUUAAGUGUGUGCGUGUAAGAACAACAAAUCCCAUCAUCCAGUGCGGCUUCAGCUCGAUUUUUCGCAUCUGCGCAUUCCGGGGCUGACGACACGUUGGGACUAAAAGCAUGGCGGACGACGCUGUGGAAAGCGUGAAGCCAAACACAGACGACACACUCCAAAUUUCGAGGAGCGAGGAUGUUGACGGUCCUCUUGACAGCGGCGAAAACAAGGAGGCAGUGAAGACCUUCAAGGAUUUGGGUGUUACCGAGGUUCUCUGUGAGUCGUGUGAACAGCUGGGAUGGAAGACGCCAACAAAGAUCCAGAUAGAAGCUAUACCUCUAGCCCUGCAAGGGAAAGACAUCAUCGGCCUGGCGGAGACUGGUUCCGGAAAGACGGGUGCCUUCGCUCUGCCCAUCCUGCAGUCCCUGCUGGGUUCGCCCCAGAGGCUCCACACCCUCGUCCUCACCCCCACCAGGGAGCUGGCCUUUCAGAUCGCCGAGCAGUUUGAGGCCCUGGGCUCCAGCAUCGGUGUUAAGUGUGCUGUCAUAGUCGGAGGAAUCGACAUGAUGUCCCAGUCACUGGUGUUGGCUAAAAAACCGCACAUAGUUAUUGCCACACCUGGUCGGUUGAUCGACCACAUGGAGAACACAAAGGGCUUCUCCCUACGAGCGCUGAAGUUCCUGGUCAUGGACGAAGCAGACAGAAUCCUCAACAUGGACUUUGAGACUGAGGUGGAUAAAAUCUUAAAGGUGAUUCCCAGAGAUCGGCGCACCUACUUGUUCUCUGCCACCAUGACCAAAAAGGUCCAGAAGCUACAGAGAGCAGCUCUGAAAGAUCCUGUGAAGUGUAUGGUGUCCACCAAGUACUCUACCGUAGAGAAACUACAGCAGUAUUACGUCUUCAUACCAUCGAAGUACAAGGACUGUUACCUGGUGUCCAUCCUGAACGAGCUGGCCGGCAACGCAUUCAUGAUUUUCUGCAGCACGUGUAACAAUGCCCAGCGGGUGGCGCUGUUGUUAAGGAACCUCGGCAUCACUGCCAUCCCUCUUCACGGCCAGAUGAGUCAGAACAAACGUCUUGGAGCGCUGAACAAGUUCAAGUCUAAGUCUCGGUCGGUGCUGCUGGCGACGGACGUGGCGUCCAGAGGACUGGACAUUCCUCAUGUCGACUGCAUCAUCAACUACGACAUCCCCACCCACUCCAAGGACUACAUCCAUAGAGUCGGACGAACAGCCAGAGCAGGGCGAGCUGGGAAAUCCAUCACUUUUGUCACUCAAUAUGACGUGGAGCUUUUCCAGCGGAUCGAAAGCCUGAUUGGGAAGAAGCUUCCUGCCUUCCCUACCCAGGAGGAUGAGGUGAUGAUGUUGGUGGAGAGGGUGAGCGAGGCCCAGAGGUUUGCCAGGCUGGAAAUGAAGGAGCAAGGUGAGAAAAGGAAAAGGCCCAGAGGAGGAGAUGCAGACCAGGAUGACACAGAACAAGCAAGCGGUGUGAGGAAGAAAGUGAGAGGAGGAGAUGGUGGAGGGAGAGGAGGAGGAGGAGGAGGAGGAGGGGGAGGCAGAGGAGGAGGAGGAGGAGGAGGGGGGGUGAAGAAGAGAGGUGGAGCAGCCUGGAGAGGAGGACACUGAAGCCUCCUCCAUAAACUGAUUGUACAUAACAAUACAAUGCCUUUCUUGUUUUUGGAUGUAAAACUUCAUCAUGACGUCAACAUAUUUCCCAGCAUUUGGUAUACCAGCUAUUUAAUUACAUGCUUCUCCUGCCCCUCUAUGAGAUUUUCCCAUUUGUAAUAAAAUGCCAGUGUAAAAACCAAAGCUUUUGUUUGUGGUAGAGUGGUGUACGAUUGCCAGACGUUUUUAACAAAGGUUUUUUUUUAAUUGUUAAAUGACAUUUUGUUGAGAAUGAAAACGUGUGAGGUACUUAUUUUUUAACUUACUUGUAAUGCAGGUAAGCAACAGUUGCAAUAUCGAUCAUCAUUGCAUGCAUG